UAAUAUGUACAGAAUUGUAUUUCAGAACUAUAAUUUUAGUGGACAGUAUAUUUAGUACAGACGUAAAAAUUUAAAGGAAUAUGAUUAUGAGUGAAAAGCUGUUUAAUUUCCAACCGUUGGGAUCUUCCUUUUCCCUCCAAAAAGAUCAGAUCAUAUUGCCUUUUCCUCGGAAACAGAGGAAAAAGAGAAAAAAAAAACAGAGGAGACGUUUCAAUGGCGGAUCUAAAGAACCUCUUCCUCAUCACGAAGCACCAGAUUUUUCUAACUUCACUCUUCUUUCUCUCCCUCUUCCUCCUCCCUUCUCCCAGUCUCUCUCCUUCGCUGAUCGUCUCCAGCUUCACCUCUCGUCUUCUCACGGCCGCUAACUUCUUCUCCUCACCUUCUUCCACUUCAGCUUCUUCAGACACAGCCACUCUAUACACCGUCUCUCCAAGAAGAAUCCGAGUCAAGAACGAGUUCAAGAAGAUAGAACUAACUUCUUGCGACAUAUUCGACGGAAGCUGGGUCUUUGACGAUACUAAACCGGUUUACUCUCCCGGUUACUGCCCUUUCGUUGAAGAUAAGUUCAACUGCUUCAAGAACGGUAGACCCGACUCGGGCUUUCUCCGUUAUCGUUGGCAGCCUGACGGAUGCUCGAUUCCAAGAUUCGAUGGGAAGAAGAUGCUGAAGAUUCUGAGAGGGAAGAGGCUUGUUUUCGUUGGAGAUUCGUUGAAUAGAAACAUGUGGGAGUCUCUGGUUUGUUCACUUAGGUCAGCGUUGGAGGACAAGAACAGAGUUUCAAAGGUUUCUUGGAGAAGAAGUAAUCUUCAGAACGAAGGGUUUUACGGUUUUAGAUUCAAAGACUUUGGAUGCUCUGUAGACUUCAUCAAGUCACCGUUCCUCGUUCAAGAAUCAGAGGUUUUAGAUGGUUACGGGAAGAGGAAAGAGACGUUGAGGCUUGACGUGAUCCAAGGAUCGAUCAAGAAGAUAUACAAAGACGCAGAUAUUAUUGUGUUCAACACUGGUCACUGGUGGACUCACCAAAAAACAUAUGAAGGGAAAGAUUAUUACCAGGAGGGGAAUCGAGUUUACGAGAAGUUAGGAGUGAAAGAAGCUUACACGAAAGCUCUUCAUACGUGGGCUAAUUGGGUUGAUUCCAAUAUCAACAUGACAAAAACUAGAGUCUUCUUCGUUGGUUACUCCUCUUCACAUUUUAGAAAAGGGACGUGGAACGCAGGAGGGCAAUGCGAUGGAGAAACAAGACCGAUACAAAACAAGACGUAUACAGGAGGGUAUCCAUGGAUGAUGAAAGUGGUGGAAUCAGUGAUCUCGGACAUGAAAACGCCUGUGUUUUACAUGAACAUCACGAAGAUGACUUGGUACCGAACCGAUGGUCACCCUUCGGUUUACAGACAGCCUGUGGAGGUACGAGGAAGUUCUCCAGCAACUGGAAUGUUCCAAGAUUGUAGCCACUGGUGUCUACCCGGAGUUCCAGACUCAUGGAACCAGCUUCUUUAUGCUACUCUGCUAGUUUCACGUGGUUCCUUGCCUUACAAGUCGCUUGGGACUCUCUUGUGAGAUGGUAUGAAUAUAGUUUAACUCCACUAACAAAAAUAGCGACGGAAUUAAAUAGUUCUAGC